AUGCAUAAUAUGCAUUCAUUCCUCCUACCCCAUUUCAACAAUCCCAUCUAUCAACCCUUUACCGUAAGUGGCUGUUGGAUAUGUCUGCCAUUAUCUCAUCUAUCUAUAUCUGUCCUUUCUAUCUAUCUAUCUAUCUAUCUAUCUAUCUAUCUAUCUAUCUAUCUAUCUAUCUAUCCCAAUCUGUUUCUUUCUUUCUGCUUUCCUUCUCUCUUCCUUUCUUUUAAUAUUUCUUCCUUCUUCUCAUUUCCUCAGUUCUCAAAAAAUAAUUAUUUUUCUUUCUCAUUACUUUUUUUGUUUCCUUUCUCUCUUUCUAUAUUUUCUUUCUUUCUUUUUUUUUUAAUUCUUCUUAUUUUAAAUCACAUUGUUUUCUUUCUUUCUUUCUUUCUUUCUUUCUUUCUUCGCAAUCGCUUUUUUCUCAUACUUGUCAUUUGUUUGUUAUUUGAUUUUUCUUCUUAUUUCCUCGGUUUUAAAAAUACUUAUUUUCUUUCUGUUUUCCUCCUUUCUUUUUGUUUCUCUUUCUUGGAACGUAUUUUAUUGACGCCAUUUUCAAUUUCUUUUUUUUUGUUUUCUUUCUCCCUUUCUCUCUUUUCUUUCUUUCUUUCUUUUAAUACCGCUUUCUUUCUUUCGUUCUUUCUUUCUUUCGUUCUUUCUUUCUUUCGUUCUUUCUUUCUUUCGUUCUUUCUUUCUUACAUUUAUAUUUCUUCUUUCUUCUCAUUUCAUUAUUUCUUCUUAAUGGUUAUCUUUUUUCCUUUUUUUCUCUCUUUCAUGGAACCAUUUUUAUGUUUCCUUUCUUUCUUUUUUAAUACCCUUUAUCUCUUAACCUUUCUACACCUUCUUUCUUUCUUUCUUUCUUUCUUUCUUUCUUUUUUUUUUCUUUCUUUCUUUCUUUCUUUGCAACAGUUUUUUUUUUCACAUAUACUUCCCUUUUUUCUUUCUUUCUUUCUUUCUUUCUUUCUUUCUUUCUUUCUUUCUUUCUUAACAAUCAUACUAGGGUCUAAAGUGAUUCUUUCUUUCUUUCUUAACAAUCAUACUAGGGUCUAA